AUGUCGUCCCCGGCGCCCGCGGAGGCCCCCUCGCCCGCGGCGCAGCUGUCGCGCGCCCUCGCAGCACUGGCAUGCGUUCCCGCGCACCCGCUGACGGGCAAGCUGCACUGCCCGGACUGCCGCCGCGCGUUCCCGCACCGCGAGGCCCUCGCGCAGCACGCCCUCGCGCGCCACCCCGAGCGCGCCGGCCUCCCACCGCGACCCCCCCCCGCCAUCCCCCGGGCCACCCCCCCGGCAGCCCCCCGGCGCCACGUGACGGCCGAGGACCUCGCCCCCGGCGCCGAGCCGCGCCCGAUCCUCGCCGGCCGCCGCGAGGAGCGCUCGGCCAGCGAGCGCAAGCCGACAGCCGUUCGUGGCACCGUCGACGUGGACGGCGCGCUGGUCGUGCGCGCGAAGAAGGCCUCUGCGCUCAAGCGGGAGAUACAGGGGGCGCGGGACGCCGCGAGGGAGCACGCGGCCGGUGAGCGCGUGGCGGCCGCGCGCGGGGACGUGGCGGCCCUGUGCGCGCUGCACGCGGCGUGUGCAGGCGCGGCGGGCGGGCGGCGCGGAGGGGCGGGGCGGGCGCUGCUCGACGCCGCGGCGGCCCGUGCGGCCGCGCUGCUGCGGAAGUGCCGACGCGCUCGCGCGCCUCGACGGCGGCAGACGACGCGGCAGGGGGGCGUGUCGCACACCGCCGGGGAUGUCGACCUGGCGUGCGCGCGCUGCCCGUUCGUCGCGGCGGGCGUCGCGGCCUUCGCGGACCACCUCGCGCACGCGCACCUCGCCAGCAAGGCCGCGGACGUGCUCGGGCCGCUGCUGCCCGCCCUGCUGCGCGCGGACGCGUCGUUGCACGCCACCGACAUGCUGCGGCGGCAAGUCGGGGCCGCUGGUUCACGCGACGACGACGAGCACGCGCAGGGCGACGCUGCGGGCGACGGUGCGGGCCGCGCGGCGGCCGUCGCUGCGGUCUCGGCGCUGCUGGAGCGGCUGCGUGGGUUUCAGGAGAGGGCGGCGGCGCGCAACGCUGUGUCGGCGCGGCAGCGCCCGCGGCUGGCGACGGGUCUGCGCGCGGUGGCGUCGGCGCUGGAGACGCGGAGCGUCGCCGCGGUCGUCGGCGCGGCGGACGUGGAGGUGGCGCGGGGCGAGGGCGGCGGCGGCGGGCGCCUCGAGGCGACGGUGGCGGGCAUCGUGGCGGCGUGCGCGGCGCGGAAGGUGCCGCUGCUGUCCGGGCCGACGCGGGCGGAGCUCGGGCGCGCGCUGACGAAGGGCGGCGCGCAGGUGGCGGCGGUGGCGGUGCUGGACGCCUCCGCGGUGGAGGACCUGCUGGCCGAGGCGAGGCGGGCGUGCGCGGGGCGCGAGGGCGUGUGGAGGUGA